AUGUUGCGAGUCCUUCAACGAUCACUUCUUGGCACAAGAAAUUUGUGCGCAGCAGCCACUCCAACCCUCUCAGAUGACCUUAGGAAUAAGAUCGACAAUAUGGUCAAGUCGGAUGAUGUGGUUGUAUUCAUGAAAGGCACGCAGCAGGAACCAAUGUGCGGCUUUUCACGGAAUGUCAAAUUGGUGCUCGAUUUCCACAAUGUCAAAUUCAGAGACUAUAAUGUACUGAACGACCCGGAAUUAAGAGAAGGCUUAAAGAUUUACAGCGAUUGGCCUACUAUUCCUCAGGUGUUUAUGAAGGGCGAAUUUGUCGGAGGUUGUGAUAUAAUGGUACAAAUGCACAAAGAUGGAGAAAUUUCGUAA